GCUGCCGUCCUCAGCCGGCGGAGCCGCCUGCUUGCGGCUGUUUUUUGGGUUCUGCUACCUCUCUCUGUUGCUCAUGGAUAUUUUUGAUUUAGAGAAGAGGCAGUGAGUCGGUGUUUGAUCCAGAAUGGUCCCCAGAAAGCGGCUAAAACGGUGCCUUAGUAGGAGUGUUAGCGCUGCCGGUGCCUUGUAGCUGCUCUAUGGUUAGCAUCGUUAGCAUCGUUAGCUAAUGCUAGGCCUUUGUUUUUCUUUGGUUUGUGAGGACGCUUUGUUUUAUUCUUCCUCCUUUUUACGGGUUUGUAGCUGAUUUUUUGCUGAUUUUUUGAGUUUGCUUCCUGAUGUGGACAAUGGGGGAAAUGAGGAGAGUGAACAGCUUCCAGAGGUUCAUGAACAGACGAGCCUCUGCUAACUGCCGCUAUCAGCCGACCUGCUACGAGCACGCCGCUAACUGCUACACUCAUGCUCUCCUCAUCAUACCGGCCUUCGUGGGCAUGGCGCUGCUUCAUCGUCUGUCUGAUAACGGCUGGGAGAGAAUCACCGCCUGGGUGUACGGCAUGGGCCUGUGUGCGCUCUUCCUCGUCUCCACCGUGUUUCACAUCAUCACCUGGAAGAAGAGCCACCUGAGGUCCAUGGAGCAGUGUUUCCACAUGUGUGACCGAGUCGUCAUCUACUUCUUCAUCGCUGCCUCCUACACACCUUGGUUGAACCUGCGAGAGCUGGGUCCUCUAGCUGCACAUAUGCGAUGGUUUGUUUGGCUCAUGGCUGCUGCUGGAACCAUUUAUGUCUUCAACUACCAUGAAAAGUAUAAAUUAGUGGAGCUGGCCUUCUACCUGACCAUGGGUUUCUUCCCUGCAUCCGUGGUGACAUCGAUGAGUAACACCGAGGGGCUCCAUGAGCUGGCCUGGGGCGGGCUCAUCUACUGCCUCGGUGUUUUCUUCUUCAAGAGUGACGGCGUCAUCCCCUUCGCCCACGCCAUCUGGCACGUGUUUGUGGCACUGGCUGCAGCAGUUCACUAUUACGCCAUCUGGAAAUACCUCUACAAGGCCCCCAGUCUUGACACCCUCCUCCAGACAUGACCGACGCCCUCCUACACUUAUGACCGACGCCCUCCUCCAUUCAAGACCGACACCCUCCUCCAUUCAUGACCGACGCCCUCCUCCAUUCAUGACCGACGCCCUCCUCCAUUCAUGACCGACGCCCUCCUCCAUUCAUGACCGACGACAUCCUCCAUUCAUGAUUGACCUCCUCCGUUCAAGACCGACACCCUCCUACACUCAUGACCGACGCCCUCCACCAUUCAUGACCGACGCCCUCCUCCAUUCAUGACCGGCGCCCUCCUCCAUUCAUGACCGACGACAUCCUCCAUUCAUGACCGACGACAUCCUCCAUUCAUGACCGACGACAUCCUCCAUUCAUGAUUGACCUCCUCCGUUCAAGACCGACACCCUCCUACACUCAUGACCGACGCCCUCCUCCAUUCAUGACCGAUGCCCUCCUCCAUUCAUGAUUGACCUCCUACAUUCAAGAUCGACACCCUCCUACACUCAUGACCGAUGCCCUCCUCCAUUCAUGACCGAUGCCCUCCUCCAUUCAUGCCCGACGCCCUCCUCCAUUCAUGAACGACGCCCUCCUCCAUUCAUGACCGACGACAUCCUCCAUUCAUGAACGACGCCCUUCUCCAUUCAUGACCGAUGACAUCCUCCAUUCGUGACCAACGACAUCCUCCAUUCAUGAACGACGCCCUUCUCCAUUCAUGACCGAUGACAUCCUCCAUUCGUGACCGACGACAUCCUCCAUUCAUGAUUGACCUCCUCCUCCAUUCAUGACCGACGCCCUCCUCCAUUCAUGACUGACGCCCUCCUCCAUUCAUGAAAGACACCCUCCUCCAUUCAUGACCGACGACAUCCUCCAUUCAUGACCGACGCCCUCCUCCAUUCAUGACCGACGACAUCCUCCAUUCAUGACCGACGCCCUCCUCCAUUCAUGACCGACGACAUCCUCCAUUCAUGACCGACGCCCUCCUCCAUUCAUGACCGACGACAUCCUCCAUUCAUGACCGACGACAUCCUCCAUUCAUGACCGACGACAUCCUCCAUUCAUGAUUGACCUCCUCCAUUCAAGACUGACACCCUCCUACACUCAUGACCGACGCCCUCCUCCACUCAUGAAUGACGCCCUCCUCCACUCAUGACAGACGCCCUUCUCCUUUCAUAACUGACGCCCUCCUGCAGUCAUGACCGACGCCCUCCUCCACUCAUGGCCAAUGCCCUCCUCCACUCCUAACUGACGCCCUCCUCCAGUCUUGACCAAUGCCAGUCACCCCCCCCCGAAGCUGCAGCGACAGCCGUAAAGUUUACGACACAACGACAAGGAAAUGUUUACUGUUUUCUACCGUGGAGGCGGGGCUGUUUGUGAAGCUGUUUUUUAAACGUCCAAUCACAGCCAGGGAGGCCGUUUUUACUGCGGUGGUCCAGGAGAUCCUGACACGUUUGAUAGACUUUUUUACCAUGUGAACCAAACACAUUCCAUGUCAGAUUGUUCACAGGGUGGAGAUUUAAGACAGGAAUGAUGGAGGCGCUGCAAUGGAUGCUGGGAUAUGAUGAAGACGCGUCUGUGAUAUUUUUGAUACAGAUUUAACAGGUUUAUUUAAAAACACAAGCCAAAGACCCCCAGACUUCUAAUGAGAGCUUUCCCAGUGUUAGAGACUAAAUCAGAUCUUACUAAAUUCUCAGUCCGGUCCCCGUUUGGUGGAGACUUUAGUUCUAAAAGUGAUCCAGGUCAGCCCGGGCCUCAGUUUGAGUCUGAUCCACUUGAAGGUGUCAGAAACAAACCAAACCACGAGGAAAAGACUUUAUUUUUAUUUCUGGUAGUUUAACGUUGUUGUUGUUUUUACAGUGAUCCAUUUUGAACCGAUCUCAUCCAAAAACAGUUCUCUGGUUUUUCUGGUUCUGUUUUUUUCUGAAUGUUUGAUUUCAGUCCUACAGGAGGAAGAUCAGGGCCCGGCAUGAGGAACACCAUUAAAGUUAAUAUUUAAAUCAUUGUUCACUAGCGUCAACUACAGGCGAUAAAACCAUGGAUUUAAGGAGCCCUGGGUCCUGAACCCUACAGUUACAGGACCCAGGUAUAAUCCUGGUUCUAAGCUGCUCCAGACCUCCAUGUUUGACAGAAAAUAAACGAUUCUGUGGAUCUUUAGUGCAUUUAAUGAAAAUCUAUAAAAAUCUAAACUGAAAACAUCCGAAACUAGAUCUUAAAGUACAUGACAAGGAUGUGAGGGUUGCUUCUCUUCAAAAAUUAAAGAUAUUCUGGGAUUAUUUAGACGAGAUGCUAAGAGACAAUCCAGCAUUAUUUAUCUUUAAAAUAAAAAUAAAAUCCAGGAUUAUUUCUCUGUAAAUUGUAAAGAUAAUUUAUGAUUGUUUCUCUUUAUAUCUUAGCAAUAUUGCAGGGUAAUUUCUCUUUAAUGUUUAAAUAUAUUCCAGGAUUAUUUCUCUUUGAAUUUUAAAGAUAUUUUAGGAUUAUUUUCUUUGAUAAUGAAAGAUAUUCCAAGAUUAUUUGUCUUUAUAUUACAAAGAUAUUCCAGGAUUAUUUCUAUUUAAUU